CAUCGCAGAGGAUACAAUGUGUCUGGGAGCUCUCACCAGGAAGUGGGCCAAAGUUAUUUAUAUUUCAACACUUGUCCUCGGCCACACGAUCAACGGGAAGUAACUUGAAACUUUGAAACCCAAACAUUUAAGAGCGCCUGUUUCUCAUGCUGAAGGAGAAAGAAGAGCGAUAAGAAAACAAGUUUAAUUCUUUUUUUUUUUAAAUCAAGAACAUUUUUGUGAGUGUGAAAAUGAUGCUCUGAGGGACUCAGCAUUGACAUAGUGUUGUUAUGAAGCUCCACGUGAAGAUUUUGACUCAUUACCUGACCUGCACGUCACCAGUUGACAAAGAAGGAUAUCUCUUCAAAAAGAAACAGCGAAACGGAUCAUACUGUCGGCGCUGGUUCGUCCUGAAAGGAAACCUGCUCUUCUACCAGGAGCGGCCCGCGGACCGCCGCCUGCUGGGCGUCAUCGUGCUGGAGGGAUGCGCCGUGCGGCGGGCGGCGGAUGCCGUCCGACGCUUCUGCUUCGGCCUGGUCUUCCGGGGACCUGAACCGAAGAGGUACCACUUUGCGGCGGGGAAUGAGGACGCUGCGGAGGGCUGGGUACGGGCCCUGCUGUCCGCCAGCCACUGCUACCUGUCGCUUCUACUGAGAGACCUGCAUGUGCAGUACCAAGCCUUGAAACCCCACCAAGGUUUUGGUGAGUCUCCCCCCAGUAACUUGAACCUGGGACCACCGCCCCCAUCCUCUUCCUCAUCAUUAUCACCAUCGGCAAAGGUCACCAAAAAGUCACCCAAGCCGCGGCACAGGCGGAACGCUCACGUCGCCACCUUGAACGUGCCGACGCCCCCGUCGUACGCCGGGCGAGCUCCGGUGAGUUCCGAUCCGCGGGACCAGUUCUGCGAGCUGCACGAAAUUUACGGCCAGGAGGUGAGGAAGGCCCGCCGGGAGUGGCUGACCGCUCGGCGCCCCCCGGGAGAGAACGUCCAAGAAGAUCUUCUUAACCUGCCGUGAAAACUAAGAGUUUUUGGAGAGGAAGUGAGAUGUCGGGGGGUUUGGAUAACAUAUCGAAAUUUAUUUACAAUGUGUUGUUCAUAGUUUGGCGGCACAGUGGAUCAGCUGGUAAAGUUGGCCUCACAGGUCUGAGGACCCGGGUACGAUCUCGGCCUGUGUGGAGUUUGCUUGUUCUCCCCGUGCCUGCGUGGGUUUUUCCUCCGGGCACUCCGGUUUCCUCCCACAUCCCCAAAACUGGACAGUUUAAAUUUCCCCUAGGUGUGAUUGUGAGUGUGACUGUCUCUAUGUGCCCUGUGAUUGGCUAGCAAUCAGUUCAGAGUGUUCCCCGCCUCCUGCCCGUUGGCAGCUGGGAUAGGCUGCAGCACCCCCUCGUGACCCUCGUGAGGAUAAGCAGCAAAGAAAAUGGAUGGAAGGAUGUUUAUAGUUCAUUUAAUUACAAUUAUCCCUGCCUCCAAAACAUACAAAUAUACCCCAGAAUCAACCCAACAUGGAUAUUUUUGGGGCACAAGGGUGACAGUCCUUUAAAAAAAAAAAAAAAAAAAUCAAUAUUACGUAAAUAAAAUUGGAAAAAAAUGCUUCGCAGAAGAAUGGCAUCACAGUAUCGCAAUUGAAAAUGCCAAGUUGUAAAAAAUGAUUUUGGACAAAAAAAAUUCCAGGCUCAAAGCGAGAUCCAGCCGGCCACUGAUCAGACGUACAAGUAUAGAGUGGACGUAUAACAUGCGCGGGUUUUGCAAAAUUCAAAUUUCUCAACAUGAUCUACAUCACCAGUGAAGAUCGCGUCUUACCUCUCCGCUCCCGAGCCAGCGCUGUCGACCAAACAAGCGCGUGUGGUCUCACAACAAAUCAGAGCCAAAUACGGAGAAAGUGGAUAGAAAACUGGGUCAAACAGAAGUAGCUGUCAGUGUGGGGGUGGGGGUGGGGGUGGGGUUUUUGGACACUCAUAUGACAAAAUCAACUGAAGUGAAAUUGGCACUUUUGCACUGAGUCCAUGUUAGAGAGUCGCUCCAUGGAGGUCUAAAUGGACAAAAUACAGAGUGUGGGUGUGGAUUAGAUUUAUGGUUUGGGUUAUGUUGGAAAUUUUGGUUCAUAUUAGUGGUUGGAACAUAAUUUUCUCAAGGAUGAGGCGUUUUUUUCCGCUAGUGCAUCUUGAAACAAUCAUUAUGUGGCUUGAAGGGAAUAUUCGUUAACGGUGGUUUUAAAUUUCAACCGUCAGAGGUCGCUAAAAGUCCAGAUAAAAAGUUUUGUCACUUUCUUUGGAUGCAGUCAUUACAAUGGCGACGUUUCAAAAAUAAAUAAAAUGUUCUAAAAACAAACAAAGCUCACAUCUCGACAGUCACUUAAAAAUAUACACGAAUUCAGACAAAUACUUUACAAUAUUACAAAAGAGGAUUUAUGGAUUGCUGAUUACUAUACCCCACCCCCCAUCCACAAACACACUUUUUUUGUGCGUCUACUCAUUAUGGUCAUGCCAUUGAAAUUCAUUGUUACUGUGAAAUGAUUUCAGAAUUUGUUUUUCAAGGACAUCGGAAAUUGGCCAAAAUGACCUUUAAACCAAAAUGGCAGACUCUCUGUGUAUAAUCAGGCAUGAGCUCAAUGUCUUUUCGUGGGUCUCCCCAUGAUGAUUGUGGCAACCGAAUUUCAGGCUUCAGCUCCCAUCUAUCUAUCUAUCUAUCUAUCUAUCUAUCUAUCUAUCU